AUGCGUAAACACUCCCGCAUGCGGCCUGGAUGCCCCGUGAGGAGUUCGCGCGCAUACGCGCGUCCCUUUAAUAUGGAGGUGUGCUUUGGAAUCCUACACGCCGCGCUGGCAAGGGCAAGGGGGGCAAGGGAGCGGGUGGAGCUAGAGGGGGCGGUGGAGGAGGCGGUGGGGGUGGCGGGGGGAGUGGGGGUGGCGGUGGGGGUGGUGGCGGGAGUGGAGGUACUGGUGGCGGCGGUGGAGGCGGAGGUGGCGGCGGAGGUGGUAGCGGAGGAGGCGGUGGGAGCGGUGGGAGCGACGGUCCUGGUGGGGGAGGUGGAGGUGGAGACGGGGGUGGCGGUGGAGGCGGGGGUGGCAGUGGAGGCGGGGGUCGGAGUGGCUCGUCCCAGCGGAGCGGCUCCGGGGGUGUGA